GUCCCUGAGCGAGCAAGGCUCAUUCGCAACCCAUCCGACACCACCGCCAGCCCAUACCUCCGUGCGAGAUGCCCCCAAUGUUUUGGAGGUUUGAUAUGGGGUAGUUCAGCCAACGAAUGUCCUGAUGUCAUCGUCGCUAUGGAUGGUAAUAUGCAACAUAGGCAGUACAUGUUCGUUGGAGGAGACAUGGUCCUUCCCUGGAAUGAAACCUGUACAUUCCUCACCGAUGCCGAAAUUGAGGAAGCUGCCCUCCAUGUCUCUGAUGCACAAGCUGCAUCUAGAGGUUGUUCAGAAGAAUCUCGUCCCUCAUCCCUUGUACCGGAUGGUGCUAUUGAUGAAUGUGAAGAAUCACACAGAGCCACAAAACAUGGAAAACGGACUGCCUCGAAAAUGGAUACAUUCCGUUCGAAGGGUCUGAUGGCAACUGUAUGCCGUCAUGAUAUCCCCCUUUUCCUCUGCGAUGUACGCACUCCAGGUGAACAGCAGCACUUUUCAAUUGCCAUGCUCCUUGCACUCAACCGCCAACUACCCUCAAACGCCACCAUUGGAUUAAUGUAUGAUGUUGGAUGUGUUCUCGAUCGAUCAAUUGCCAAGGUAUGA